CUGCACGUCGUGAGGCUGCAACAGCCCAAGGACUUGAGCGUCACAGAGGCCAAGGCCACAGAGAGAGACACGGUGGCUAACGUCUUCCCCAGGACGCGUCCGGCCAUCAGCGGCCCGCGGGAAAAAGCGCGGAGCGAGAGCCGCUCUUGGUUGGGCCGCAGCCUCCGCCCGCCCCUCAGCCCCGAGCCCGGGCCCUGCGUGUCCAGCGGGCACUAGGACCCGGCCGCCUUCCGGUUCUGGAGAGGGCGUGGCCACGUCUCAUCAACACCCAGGGCCCGGAAGCCCUGCCGAAGGGACGGACCCGCGAGACCCUCAAGCGACGCCCUUGCGCCCAGCCCCCACCACGGGGAUACGGCUCCUGGGGCCGCGCCGUUUCCGGUGCGUGACGGCACUUUACGACCCCGCCGCAAAGCAAAGACACGGCUGGCUUGGUAACGCGAGCUUUCUGGACGUGCGGGUUGGGCUCCGGCGUCCUGCGGGGCCCGUCGGCGGCGGAGAGAGCGGGAGAGAAAGGGGAAAGUGAAAGAAGACGAGGAGCUGGAAGGGGGAAGAAAGUAAGGGCAUUGAGAGAGAAGUGUGUCUGUAAACCUCCGACGAGGCCCUGGUUUUUUAGGCCGGACCGGGUUCCAGGCAGCUGGCCUAGACGUGAAUCCCGCUUGUCUUAGUCGUAGCUGAACUUAUUAUAAGUGACGACAGGGAGAGAAAGUAGGCAAGAGACUUGCAGUCCCGUGUGUGAGGCUUUUCUCUUCCCUGUUUACCAGGUUGUUCACUGCAGUGGGUACAUUUCACAAGGCCUUACUUGUGUGGCCCUGGCAAACCUCCGAAGAGGAAGCCGGCUGUGAAAUAGGCACAUAUCCUGCAGGAGGAACAGAGGGCCACCCCCGAGAUAGGAAGGAAUUAUUCACACUGCAAACUGGACAUUGGAAAUCAGGAGUGUCCAAAACAGCUGGUUUUUCAUGUUCGAUAGUCAUUAUCUUAUUAAUGUGCACGUAUUUAACCAUUAAAUACACAAUCCACUGUUGACACAGACAUAAAACUUUCGAGCAUCUUAAAAGGUAGAUUUAUCAAACUUUAAUAACUGUUCUGAAGACUGUAAAACUCUUGGCAUGUGAAGGACCCAUCUGAACCUCUGCAUUAAGACUCGACCAAACUUGUCCAAGAAAAUUCAAUUAACUAUCAAGAAGAAAAAGGGGGAUUUUAUUUGAGUCAAGUUAACGGAUUGUAACACAGGAAGCAGAGCCUCAGAAAGCUCUGAGGACUGUUGUGUUAGAAGUCAAAGGCAUGGUCGUAUACAUUUUUGAGUCAAAGGAUUAUACAUCAUAAUGACAUACUGAUACUUUACAUAAAGUUCACCAAGGAUGCAUAGUCCAGGAAUGCUCAGCUUCUUGGGGCAAGCACAGAGCAGAAGAAAGCAGGGCUGAACAGGACUGAAUCUUCAUCAGGGCAACAAUCCAGUUUCCAGGAAGCAACUGGACUGCAGACACUGUCAAUUAUUAGCCUUGUAAUUUGGCAGCAAAUUAAUCAAAUUUAGCAAAACAAGUGGCAACUAACGUCCCAGGUCGUCCUGACCAGGCGAAAGUGAGUAAAGGACGACUCAAGCCUCGAGCCCGGCGCGCCUGGAAGGGGCUGCCCGACCCAGAACUAGAAAGCUGUGCUUGCUGGGCUUGGUCCCGCCCAGAUUCUCAGCUGGCGAGCAGUCACGCCGCACUGCAGCCUGAGCCAAUUGCAAGAGACCUAACCAAGUCCGGCCCAGCGGAAGGAACGGUUUCUGAGUGGUGUCCUUCUCUGAUAAAGGAAGCCUUCCCUGUUCCUGCUUUUAUUUUCUUUGAUGUCUGACGAAACAGCUCCCGCUGGAGACAAUUUAGAGUGACUGGUAAAAGAAAAUAAGCUCACAGCAACAAAAAGAAUGCGAUUCUUUCUGGACGUCCUCCUGCUUCUGCCCUUACUGCUCAUCUUCACCUUAGAGUCUCUCCUGAAGCUUUUUAUUCCUAAGAAGAGAAAAUCAGUCACCGGAGAAAUCGUCCUGAUUACUGGAGCUGGGCAUGGACUUGGGAGGCUGACUGCCUUUGAAUUUGCCAAACUUAAAUGCAAACUGGUCCUGUGGGAUAUAAAUAAGCAUGGACUUGAGGAAACAGCUGAUGAAUGCAAGCGACUGGGCUCAAAGGCCCAUGCCUUCGUGGUAGACUGCAGUGACCGCGAAGAUAUCUACAGCUCUGCGAAGAAGGUGAAGGCAGAAGUUGGAGACGUUAGUAUUUUAGUAAAUAAUGCUGGUGUAGUCUACACAUCAGAUUUGUUUGCUACACAAGACCCUCAGAUUGAAAAGACUUUUGAAGUUAAUAUACUUGCACAUUUCUGGACUACAAAGGCAUUUCUUCCAGCGAUGAUGAAGAAUAAUCAUGGCCAUAUUGUCACUGUGGCUUCAGCAGCUGGGCAUGCUGGGAUCCCCUUCUUACUGGCUUAUUGUUCAAGCAAGUUUGCUGCUGUUGGAUUUCAUAAAGCUUUGACUGAAGAACUGGCUGCCUUAAAAAGAACUGGAGUCAAAACAACAUGUCUCUGCCCUAAUUUCAUAAACACUGGCUUCAUCAAAAACCCAAGUACCAGUUUGGGACCCCUCCUGGAACCUGAGGAAGUGGUGAAUAGGCUAAUAAACGGGAUCCUGACUGAGCAGAAAAUGAUCUUUAUUCCAUCUUCUAUAAACUUUUUAACCGUGUUAGAAAGGAUCCUUCCUGAGCGUUUCUUGGCAGUUUUAAAACGAAAGAUCAAUGUUAGGUUUGAUGCAGUUAUUGGUUAUAAAGUUAAUGAACAAUGAGUGCUUGGUUUUUUAAAAAUUGGUUUACUAAGCUUAAGUUGAUUUCAUCUAAUAUUAAUCAGAAUUUUGAUGUUUGGACUUCUGCUUUUCCUAAUUAUAUAUUUUUUUUUCUUCAAAACUAUCUUUUGAGGCUCUGGCAGGUCCUAAUUUCAGAGAAUAUAUAGAUAUAUCUUGGGAACUGAUCUUAUGGAAAACCACAGAGAAAAGAAAAACAGUUUUACAGUAAAUAAGCUCCAAAAUUUUGUGGCUCAUCUGAAGGCUUUGCAAAGUUUGUACUACAAAUAUUUAAGAUAUAUUUUUAUUUUUAACUACGCUUAAAUUUUGUAUAAUUCACAUGUUUCCUUUUCUAGUCUGUAUAAAAACAGAAACUUCAAGCUAGCUAAAUAUAAUGAAGGACUGUCUAGUGGCAUUUCAUGUCGAGUUCCUGUGAUGCUCAAACAUUUCAUCCUACUCACUCUACCCUGUUUCCUGAGAAAUCACCCACAUUCCAGUGCCAGACAUUUCAGCGCAAGGAAACCAGGGACGAACAUAUGUUGCACGUAUAAAAGCACCACUGGGACUUGAGACAGAGAAUUGGGAGAAUGUACCCAUAAGUGGCAACGAUAAUAAAUGGAUCAAACUUAAA